AAAAUCAAGGUCGCCUUUAUCGCUGCUGGUCGGUAGCAGCGGUAGCUGGCCGGUGAGGUGGUGCGCGCUUUAAGAUUCCAUUUUUUGCUUUCUUUUUGUGUUAAAAAUCAACCUCCCAGAAUGUGAGAAUGAUCGCGACCUGGCGUGAUUAGUACGUCGGAAGCGGAUGAUUUUGACAGAACGAGCCGAUUUGGAGCAGCAACACAAAAAAAAAAGGGAGAAGGAAACAAUAUUCUCUCACUCUCCCGCACACAUCACGGCAUCAUUCGCGUCUUGGCCGUGUCAGAGACCGUUGCCGGUAUCAUUUUUUCUUCGCAGAUCAUCCCUGUCAAACUGUGUUUGCUUGCACCACGGACCAGCUUUACGCAGGAUUUCCUUCUAGAAGUAAAUUUCCGGCGAGUGUACUCUUCGACCUUUCCUGGCUGGUGUACUAUCUAGGCCCUUUACGGUGCCAUAUAAAACGAUUGCCCAACGUUACGUCACUGUAGUGUGUGUACGCGUGUUGCUAGCAAAUUAAGUUUUUUUUUGUGGAGAAAGCGUUCCGUACGGUGCGAGUAAGUGAGUGCUCUAGGGAAGCCAUUCCGUACACCAUGAACAGCAUCCUCAUCACCGGCUGCAACCGUGGUCUCGGGUUGGGAUUGGUCAAGGUGCUGGUUGGUUUGCCGGCCCCGCAACCGACCCACAUCAUAGCGACGUAUCGCGAUCCGGAGAAAUCGCAGGAUCUGCUUGCGCUUGCCAAAAAACACUCCAAUAUAGUUCCGCUGCAAUUCGAUGUGAAAAACUUUGAUCGCUACGACCAGUUCGCAAAGGAUGUGGAUGCACUGCUGAAGGGUGCUGGCCUGAACGUGCUGUUUAACAAUGCAGGCAUCUCACCGAAAUCGACCCGGUUGAAUUUUACCAAGCAGGACGAUCUGGUGGACACGUUCGUCACCAACACGGUAGCACCGAUCAUGAUGACGAAAGCGUUCGUACCGCUGCUGAAGAAAGCAUCCGACAGCAACCCGACCGCACCGGCCGGUCCGCAACGGGCCUGCAUCGUAAACAUGAGCUCGAUACUUGGCUCGAUCGAGGCGAACCGUGAGGGUGGACUGUACGGGUACCGGACGUCGAAGGCCGCCCUGAACGCUGCCACCAAAUCGAUGAGCCUCGAUCUGAAGGGGCACAAGAUAAUGGCGGUCGCACUGCAUCCGGGCUGGGUGCAAACGGAUAUGGGCGGUUCAAAGGCACCGCUUACGGUAGAGGAAAGCUGCACCGCCAUGGUGCGCACGUUGCUCGCACUGAACGAGUCACAUAAUGGAGGAUUUUUGCAGUACGAUGGCAAACCGCUGCCGUGGUAGUUUUGGUUUCCCUUUUCUUUCUAAAUAUUAUCGGCAUUUGAUGGAAAUAUACUCGGGGUAAUAUCUGUAGCUCUCAAGUUUU